CAGUCCCCAACUUCCCAUCAUGCAUUGUAACCAAGAUGGCAGCGCCCAUGUGUAGACUAGCGAGAUUUUGGCUAUAACGUUAUAUCAGAUCUUUCUGGUCUCUGUUCUGUUGUAAUGACUCUGCAGUUGUAACACUUACUCCAGUGUUGUCCAAAGAACCGCUGUCAACAUGGAUGAGGCCAUCUGCCCGCGCUGUAAGACCACCAAAUACCGAAACCCGUCCAUGGUGCUGAUGGUCAACACUUGUGGACACACGCUAUGUGAGAACUGUGUGGAGACACUGUUUGCCCGAGGCUCAGGGACGUGCCCAGAAUGUAACAUCUCCCUCAGGAGGAACACAUUCAGGAUACAGCAGUUUGAAGACCCAUUCGUCGAUAAGGAAGUGGAUAUCAGGAAAAGAAUAUUGAAAAUCUACAACAGACAGGAGGAGGAGUUCACAAGUCUCAGGGAAUAUAAUGACUACCUGGAGGAGGUGGAAACUAUCAUAUUCAACCUAUCCAACAACAUUGAUAUGGAGCUGACCAAGAAGAAGGUGGAAGAAUACCAGAAAAGUAACAAGUCCAAUAUCCAGAGGAACAGGAGCAAACUGAGUAAGGAUGAGGAGCUGAUGGAGCAGCUGAUUGAGGAGGAGCAGGCGUACCUGCAGCACAGCAGGCAGGAGCUGGUCCAGCAGGAGAGGAGGGAAAAGCAGAGGAAGAUGAGACAGAGAGAGGAGCUGUUGGACAACCUGGAGUUCUCAGACUUGCCUGCUGGUCUGGUGUUGGCCAGUCACACAGCCAGACAAGAGGAGGAGAUGGAGAAGAAACCUGCACCAACGACUCAGUUCUCCACUGGGAUCAGGAUAGGGGGAGGGACAUCCUUCCUACCUGUCCCAAAGGCAGUGGAGGCAGCCCUGUACCAGUACAGACCAGGCACUGUGGACCUGCUAGGGCCAGAACCACCACAGAUUACACUCCUGGAGGAAAAUGGCUACAUGUCCCACAUGAGAGACUCGUCCCAGGCCGACAUGGCGGGAGGCUAUACAACCAAACUGGGCUGCCAUCGAGCUCUGCAGGAGGCUUUCUGUGGACUGUACUUUGUACCUCACCUUACAGCCGACAGUGUCGGACAAGAGCAGGACAUGGAACUAGAAUAGGGGUAUGGGGGGAGUCAGCUAGGAUACCUGUACGUGGCAGGCAAUGCAAGAUAUCAUGUGGUCUGUACCCACGCCAGAGUUGAAGAAGACACUAUAAGCAUUAUCAAAAGUCAUGGAGACAUGUGGCAGAGUCACAAGGACUGGAACAUACCCAGCAAUGCUCCUGUUCCUUUUGUGGAGGUCCCUCUGGUGCUGUACAUGUAUUAUAAAAAACAUUACGAGUGUAUAUAAAUUUUAUUUGUAUUCUUCUGCCUCAUGACAUAUUCUGAACUGAGUUUGAUGAGAAAGGUAAUACAUCAGUGCAGGCUGGACUAGUAUACGUAGUGAACUGUGGCCAUACAAUGCAUGAUGCACAAACACACUGUGUAUUGACUUUUUUUAUUAUAUAAAGCAGUUUCAUAUACAUGUACUGCCAAUAUAUUGAACCACAAUAUGUGGUACAUUGUAUAAGAAAAGAUGCAAUGCAAACAAAAUGUGUAUAAUUUUAGUAAAUUUUUUGUUUGAAUUAUUUGUAUCAUCCUGUUACUGCUGAAAGUACAAAGUUGAAAAGUCACUUGUACAUGUAGUCAAUAUAACAAUCAGAAUUUGAAACAUGCUGAAUAAUAGUGAAUGUGACAUAGCAGCAAUAACUAGUGGAAGGCCUAAUUAAAGCAUCUUCCCAGCCAGUGACAGUUUAUACAAUUAUGAACCAUAGUCACACAAUAAAGAA